AAAUUAAGCUGACUGUAUUCCCCACCCAUGGGCGCAGGUGUGUCUACCUGCCAUGGGAAGUUUCGAACGCGGAAGUUUGUAGGACUGUCAUGGUUGCAGGGAGAGUGCGGCGGACUGGUUUAGCUGCUCUGUAAAACGAAAUACGCAAAACAGCAUCUUGUUCGGGCGCUGCGCCUACACAGGUUUUCUGGACUUCCCGACCCGAGUCGUCAGCCGUACAACGACCCAAUGGCAUCUCCCGGACCGGGGAGUACCACCGGCCCGGUGCAGGGAGCGGGGCUCGGGGAGAGCCCGUCGAUGAGCACUGAGAAACUGAGCUCCUCGGCUGUCAAUCGCAUGUUAAUGGAGUUUCUGAUUUACUGCGGGAGGGCCGUGUUCAUCUUCUACCCCGUAUACCUGACGGGUUACCUGGGCCUCAGCAUUAGCUGGGUGCUGCUGUGUAUGUUUGUGCUCACUUGGUGGAAGAAAAAUCGUCAGUGGAAGGACGCCCGGAUCGGAUCGGCUAUUGACUUUGUGGACAAUGAAAAGCACACGAUCAACACCGAGCUGAAAGGUUCCCUACAAAUGGCAUCUUGGGUGAAUUUCACUGAUGUGGAGAAGGCACAGUGGCUUAACAAGGUGUUGGAGCAGGCGUGGCCCUUCUUUGGGAUCUACAUGGAGAAGUUAUUAAGAGAAAACAUCCAGAAGUCUGUCAGGACCUGCAGUACUGCACUCAAAGCAUUUACUUUUACCAAGAUCCAUUUUGGACACGUACCUCUCAAGAUCACUGGAAUAAGAGCGUACACACAUGAAGUGGAACAUAGGGAAGUGAUUCUGGACAUGAACUUAAGUUAUUCUGGUGAUGUGGACAUCGAUGCUCAGGUGAACUCAGCAAUCACAGCUGGUGUGAAAGGACUUAAACUCCAUGGGAUGAUGAGAGUUGUUUUAGAGCCUCUUAUUGGUCAAGCACCUCUGGUGGGAGGAGUCACUUUUUUCUUCAUUCGCCGCCCUACACUGGAAAUAAACUGGACUGGCAUGACAAAUGUUCUGGACAGCCCUGCUUUCGGUUCACUGUCAGAGGAGACUAUCGUAGACAUCAUCGCUUCUCUCAUGGUGUUGCCCAACCGCAUGUGUAUUCCCCUCAUAGACCAGGUCAAAAUGGACCAAAUGAGGUUUCCACUUCCUCGUGGGGUGGUGAGGGUCCACUUGCUGGAGGCAAGAGAUCUGGUGGCUAAGGAUACAUACAUGAUGGGUUUAGUGAAAGGCAAAUCAGACCCCUAUGCCACACUCAGAGUGGGCAACAUACACUUCAAAAGCAAGACCAUCAAAGAGAAUUUGCACCCAAAAUGGAAUGAAGUGUAUGAGUUUGUUGUCCAUGAAGCGCCGGGCCAAGAGCUGGAAUUAGAGCUCUAUGAUGAGGACACAGACAAAGAUGAUUUUCUUGGAAGAUAUAACCUCGAUUUGGGAGAAGUGAAGAAGGGAAAACAAAUGGAUCAGUGGUUUGCUCUGGAGGAUAUACAGCACGGUGAAGUUCAUCUUAAGCUCCAGUGGUUUUCCCUUCAGACUGACACCAGCCUGAUGAAGGAGUCCACCGACAACCUUGCCUGUGCUAUGCUUGCAGUGUAUCUGGACAAUGCCACUGAUCUACCAAAAGAUGGCCGUGAGGCUGCAGACCGUCAUAAACAUGGGAAGAACCCCAAAGAAGAACGG